AUGCCUGGAGAAAAUCCAUCACCUGCUCAAGGCACCAAGUCGAAGAAGAACAAGAAGAAGAGCGCGAAAGCCAAGGAGAACCCCCAAGAGUCCGAGAACGAGCACCCAGAUGUGUCGGAAGCCAAGGGUGAUGCUGCUCAGAUCGAUGAUGAACCCACCAAUUCAAUAGCGACCUCGGAUGCCCACAGUGCUCAACCAGAAGCCGCCAAUAUCAGCGCGCAAAAUAACCACUCUGAGAGCCAGAACCCCACAGGAGAUGCUGCUCAAGAGACCUGCGACCCUUCCUCCAGCGAUGCCGAGCCCAAAGACCGGUUUGAUGCGCUUGUUCGAGACCGAGACUCUCUCCGUGCCGAGGUCACCGAUAUGCGCAAGUCCCUCGAAGAGAUCCAGUCCAGACACAAAGCAGACAUGGAGUCCCUGCAACAGAAGUUGGAGGAUUCGGAGACCAAGAAGGAACAGGCAGAAACACAAUUUCAGAACCUACUGGAGCGCGUGAAUACAAUUAAGUCACAGCUCGGGCAACGAAUGAAGGAGGAUGCUGAAGAAUUGGCGCAAGCUCGAUCCCAGAUCGAAGAAAUUGAGGAUGACAACGUGAACUUGAAGGAGCAGCUCGAAUCAAAGUCUAUGGAGCUAUCGAACCUUGCAGAGGAGUCGGCCCAGCAGAUGAGGGAGAUCUCUACCCUUCGGGAUCGGACGAACCUAUCCCAGCAGAAUUGGCUCAAGGAAAAGGAAGAGCUGAUGGAACAUGAAUCUUAUCUUCAAGCAGAAUUUGAACAGGCCAAAGAGGCUAUGCACAGCUGGGAAGUUCUUGCAAUGGAGGAGCGAUCAAUUCGUGAGAAUCUGGGCGAGAAAGUCACCGACUUGGAAGAGCAGCUGGGUAACCUCCGGGACGCCUAUGAAAAAGCCUCGAAUGAUCGCGACAGCCAACAAUCGACAGUUGACGGUCUGCAAAGGGCCCUGCAGGAGAUUCAGACUGCACGAAAACAGGAGCUUCGGGAGCUGGUGGAGAGUUCAGAUUCCCAGCUUGAAGAGUUGAGGCGAUCUCUGCGAGAAGCACAACAACAAGCUGGUGAAGCUGAUAAGAAUCUUCACGCGGCGCAGGAAGAACUGGAACGAGCGCGUCCGUUUGAGAAAGAGGUCAAGGAGAAGAAUCUUCUCAUUGGCAAGCUGCGACACGAAGCAGUCACUCUCAAUGACCAUCUGACGAAGGCCUUGCGAUUCCUCAAAAAGGGAAAGCCAGAAGACAACGUGGACCGGCACAUUGUCACAAAUCAUUUGUUACAUUUCCUAGCUCUGGAUCGGUCGGAUCCAAAGAAAUUCCAGAUUCUCCAGCUGAUCGCAGCUCUACUGGGCUGGGACGAUGAACAACGCGAACAAGCAGGACUGACUCGACCAGGAACUUCAAGCAUGCCAGGGAAGCUUCGAGUGCCCGGUACUCCUCUACGAACGCCCAGCACCCCAAACCUGGCCACCGAGUUUAUGGACAACGGUGCUUCGAGCAAGGAAACGUUGGCCGAAUUGUGGUCUAACUUCCUGGAGCAGGAAGCAGAGGCGGGAAAUAUCAACUCGAUGAGGCGAGGGAGUCAUCCAGGCCCCAUGAAGCCAUAG